GACCUCUUCUGCGCAAGUCCCCUCAUCAAGCAGAUUCACAAGACUACUGCGCACCUGUGGCUCCUGGCAGACGCGGCGCUUGAUGCUGUCUUUUGGGCGGCACGUCAAUGGAUUUAACUACUUUUCGCUAUUAAAUGAAGGAAAAUGAACGACUUGACCGACAACCGCAUUCAUAACUUUCGUUCUUUAUAUCAGUUUUGCGUCGAGGCGAUAACAACCUGCCUCUCGUUCAACGCUGACAAAGCGUGUGUCCCCUUCGCACUCUUUGCGUUGUCUGCACUACUGUUAUUUACAUCAUGUGUUGUGUUAAUCCAUCAGCGAUGCACCGUGAGGCAGGGGAACACUGGAGCCGUGGUCACCAUCUAUUGCUUCCUCGGCAACCUGUGCAGCACUAUCGGCGCGGUUCUUUCUCAACAGCUGGAUAUCCAGGAUAACACACAGGUCUUGGGUUACACUCUGGGCAUGAUCUCUCUCGCCAUAGUCUGCACCUCCAGAUUCCCUGCCAUCAACCGAGCAUGCAGGAGGGAGAAGGUCUCUCCGGCGGCUGGUGUCUCAGCAGUGCUGUGCUCGUCGACCGGCCUCCUCUACAUCUCCGCCCUCCUGCUCUCUGACCCCGUGGUUCCCGGACUCUUCCUCAAGGCAGCGCCCUGGCUGCUCUCUGCCCUCUGCGGCGCCACACUGGACCUGCUCGUUCUGGUCAUAUUUUGGUGCAGAAAAGGAGCCAGACGGAAACCUGAGAGGAUCUCACUAGACACACAGAGCCUUCUAGAGUUUCCACACUUUCAUAAGAGACAUGGCAACCAACUGAAAAAACACAGAAAACAAGAAAAGAACAACAGCAAGACACCAAAGACCGCUGAAAUCGGCCACUAUAUGGACGUCAGUGUUCAACCGGCAGUGAAAGAAUGCCGAGAGGACUUGAUGCUAUUUGGGAGAGAUAACUUGGCGACUGGGACUACGAGAGGAGUACAGCUGGUCCAGGUGGCGAGUGGGGGGUCUGUCUGCUCCUCCUGCACCUCCUAUGACUCCUCGUCCUACAGCUCCGACCUGGAGUGGGACUUUGAGGAGGCCAGAAGCUGUUGGAGUGAACCACCAUGGAGAACGGAGGAGGGGGAUGAGUUCCUGCAGGAUUGGCCCAAGAACCCUCCACCGUUUGUGGCGAGCACCUGCAGCGCUUCUGACUUCACAGAGAUGCCUCUGUGAAGCUGAGGACGGGGAAACGGCGUUCCCCUCAAACGCUGUAUCAAGCUCCAUCAGUAAUAGGCUGGUCAUGUGAAUAGAUAAUGUAAUAAAUAAAUGAAGUGACAAACAUAAACUGUGUGUGUGUGUUUGUUUGUGUGUGUGUGCGCUGCAUGCACUUGCAGGGGAGCGUGCUCUUUUUGUGUUGAACAGAAUUGAAAGACGCCAGAAUGGCUGCUGAUGAUUGUGGCGGUGACUCCAUUUGCUGUCGCCACAGUUCAGAUGUCAGGACAUGUACACCAGCCCCUCCCCCAUUAUGGCCACGCAAUGCGGCUCAAUGAUCGGAAGGAAGACAUCCAAACGGCCUUAUCAGUCCGCUUUGGCCUCAGACCCACCCCCCCACACACACACACACACGAACACUGCCCUCUCCCAUUCUGCUUGGGGAGGUUUUUCAGGUCACAUCCUGCAUUCUGUCGGUCAUCAGUAUUUAUCAGGUCUAGACGAGGCGACAGGCCUCUGCCAAGAGCCUGCCAAGGCGAUAAACAGUAAUCUAAUGGGGCCUCGACUUCACCCCCUGUUCUCUGCCUUCCGCAUACAUCGCAUGUUGUCCUGUUUCAUGAGUUAUGGGUACAGAUUGCAUCAGGGAACUUUAUUUUUUUUAUGUUUUGAUAAUGGGACAAUACACGGCUUGAGGUGAAAUGUUCAAGCAGGUCACCUUCAUACCUUUUACCGAAUCAUCAACAUGUCAAUCUGAUGAAACAUGGUUUUGAACCCACGACAUACUUGUAGAGAUAAAUUGAAUAUGGGUUUGAAUUGCGGUUUAAAGGGAGACAGUCUUGAGUCAUAUGAUAAGGAUUAAACGUGUUCCAUUUGGACAUCAGUUUUUAACCAAUGAAAAUGCACAACAAUGUUUUUCUUCUUGAGUCAGUAAGAAAUAUGACAUCCAAGCAGAAAUGUGAUUCAAGUCCAAAAUUAAAACUUGUGCACACUGGCCCUCUUACAUUAAGGGUAAAGUCUUCUGUUUUCUAAAUACUAUAUCUGCAAAACAACUGUGUUGAAUGAUGAGGAUCUGUGUUGUCAGUGAUAAAUAACAAGCUAG